CUAUUACCGUUUUGUUACUAUUACAGCUGUGUUUACAAGUUAGCCCUUUAAUAAUGUGUUUAAGCCUUUACGUUGAUGGCAGGAUCGCCAAGUUCCAUCUGGUCCAAGUGUGGAGCCAAGACACGAGACAAGAGAGCCAGUACAAGUAUGAAUAUGACUUGUUCAAACUAUUCAUGCAGAGAAAUUAAAAUACGGAUUGGGAUCUAUUAGUUGGCCGUCACAGGAAGGCCGGUCAGGAACACGCUUUAGACUUGGAAUUAGACAGCUAGUGAAGACCAUUUCCUUCUUAUCCACAGGCACCCCAACAAAACAAACACAAAAGAUUUUCCUCCAUGUCCCUAUAUAUACCGAUGUCGUCCAACCCGUUGAAGCAUCACUGUCGAGCACAAUCACUUCUUCUCUACCUGAUCAAACACACUACAUUUAGCGAGAAUCAACGUUCGCAUCCAAAUGGCUUCAAAGUUCUUCCUCCUUGCUCUUUUGGCUUUGUCGGCUUCUCAUGCUCUUGCCUCGGACCCGGGCCAGCUCCAGGAUUUCUGUGUCGCUGACAAGACAUCUCAAGUUUUUGUCAAUGGAUUCGCAUGCAAAGACCCAAAGACCGCGGUGGUAGAGGACUUCUACUUCUCUGGCCUCCACAUGGCCGGGAACACAAGCAACAAGCAAGGCUCCAUUGUGACUGCAGUUAACGUGGCACAGAUUGCUGGGCUGAACACUUUGGGCGUCUCAUUGGCUCGUGUUGAUUACGCACCCUAUGGUCAAAACCCACCACACCUUCACCCUCGUGCAACCGAGAUCCUGACAGUGUUGGAAGGCUCACUAUAUGUUGGUUUCGUGACUUCAAACCCCGAGAACAAGUUGUUCUCAAAAGUUUUGAACAAAGGGGACGUGUUUGUGUUUCCGCAAGGGCUGAUUCACUUUCAGUUCAACAUUGAAAACAACGAAGCGAUAGCCAUUGCGGCGCUGAGCAGCAAGAACCCUGGUGUGAUCACCAUAGCCAAUGCGGUCUUCGGAUCCAAGCAAACCAUCUCAGAUGAUAUCCUGGCCAAAGCCUUCCAGGUGGACAAGAACAUUGUAGACCAUAUCCAAGCUCAGUUCUAG